AAAAAUGGAAUGCACUUAGAAUUUCGAAGAUCGAAUCUUCGCUCUGUUCAUUCAGAAUUUCAGAUCUCAAUCUCAGCUUGACGCCAUCUUCCAUCUUGUUGAGGAAAAAAAAUUUGAUAUCGUCUUUUCCACGAACGUAUGUUACGCAUUCCGUGAUCCUUGUCGUAUCUUUCAUGGCGUCCUCCACCUCCAGCAAGGUUGAAUCUGAUGCUGACGACGAUGUCACAGAAGAAGUGCUUGAGCAUUUUGAUGAUUUCACUAUUGCUUCUUCAUGGGAAAGGUUUAUUUCUGAAAUAGAGGCCGUUUGUCGGCUAUGGAUGGCUGAUGGUCCAAAGAAUUUAUUGGAAAAAGGUGCAGUUCUCUUGGAGUAUUCCAAAAAUUCAUACAAGGUCAAAUCUGAAAUGAAAUAUGCCAUGAAAAGUUACUGCAUGGAGUACUAUUUUGAGACUAAAACUGAUGGCAAACCUGCAGACUGGAAUUCUACUCUUCAUUAUCUGCAGUUAUGUUUUGGUGUGAAGGAAUUUUUGGUGAUUGCUCCUCAAAGUGCAAGCGGUGUGGUUAUUGAUGCUCCAGAGGCAAGCAAGCUGUUGAGUGCUGUUGCAAUUGCUUUGUCAAAUUGUUCAAGUUUAUGGCCAGCCUUUGUUCCAGUUCAUGAUCCUUCACGGAAAGCAUAUAUUGGAAUUCAGAACAUGGGUACUGUAUUUACUAGAAGGUUUGAAGCAGAUCGAAUUGGUAGUCAGGUUCCAGUAAAACUCAUGCAUUUGGAGGGCCUGUACGAGUUGUUUGUAUCUAAGUUUGUCUACUCCGCAUUGGAUCUUUCUACUCAUCUAUUCAAAGUCCAAUUUGCAAUGAAGCUAACAUACAGAACGCUUCCUUAUGAUGAUGACAAUAUCAAAGGCAUUGAUGCUCAAAAUACAAAAUCUGGUGAAAAUCUUACUGGUGAAAUCUCCAAUGAGACACUGUGGGAUGAUGAUUGUUCUUGGAGUGAGUGGUAUUCUGCAGAAGAUCCUGUUAAAGGUUUUGAAUUGAUUGCAAUAUGUUCAGAGAGGAUGGUUGAAAGUUCUAUGGAAAUGGCUGAACUGGAAAAUGCUUCUCCUCUUGAAGCUGAGAAGUGGUUGAUCUCUCCAAGCUAUGCUCCAAAUCUAGUUGAAGGUUCCAAAGGUAAUCAGUUUGGAUUUGCAUCUCAAUUGCAUCUUCUAGUUGAUGCAUUGAAAAUGUCAUUUGAGGCCCAAUUUUUGGAAGAUUUUGUUUCAGACGAAAACUCGGGUUCUGAGAAUUUGAAAUCCUCAAUGGUUAUACCUCCCCAGACAGUUAGAGAUGGCAUGCUGAAAAAACUGUUUCAUGAAGGAGUACAGCCCACAGAUUUUGAUUAUUCUGGACAUAAGACUUCUCGGGCUAUAAAAGGCGCACCUCUUGAAUCUCUUUUUGCACAAUUUUGUUUACAUUCUCUUUGGUUUGGCAACUGCAAUAUAUGUGCUAUCGCUGUCCUAUGGAUAGAGUUUGUUCGAGAAGUUAGGUGGUAUUGGGAAAAGUCACAACUAUGCCCUCGGAUGCCGGCAAAUGGUUCAAUUGACCUUUCCACUUGUUUGAUUAACCAGAAACUUCAAAUGCUUGCAGUAUGCAUUGAGAAGAAAUGUGAACUGAAUGAAGUUUUUCAAGAUUGUAUUGGAAGUGAAGAUCCAAUAGACUCUAUGACUGAGGAGGAAAUUGUAGUCGCGGAUGACUCAUUCAAUAUGCAGACACCCAGUGGGGACUUUUCUGGGAAAGUUGACAGCUUUCCAACUACUGGUGAUUUACAUUAUUCUGGUAGAACAGUAUCCAUAGUUAGUGGAAAGCCUGAAGAUGUAGACCUGUUUAGUGAUAAAAUUCCUUCAGACUGCACGAGGAGAGGUUCAGCUGGUAUUGUCGAUUCUAUGAUGCUUCUCAAGUCAUACCAAAGCAUGCAUGCUCCAUACACCCAGGAAGCACCCCUUAUGACAGAAGACAUGCAUGAAGAGCGCCUUCAGGCUGUUGAAGCCUUUGGUGAUUCAUAUAAUUUCUCUGCCCAGCUGGAAAGGGAUAUAUUAACUUCAGACAUGUCAGCAUUUAAAGCAGCGAAUCCAGAUUCUGUUUUUGAAGAUUUUAUUCGCUGGCAUUCACCUGGGGAUUGGGUUGAUGAUGAUCUGGAGGUUGAGAAGUCAAAAGAUAAUUGGCCUCCAAGAGGACGGCUUUCAAAGAGAAUGUCUGAGAAUGGAAACUUAUGGAGAAAUAUUUGGAGCAGCACACCUGCUCUUCCUACUUCUGAACAGAAGCUUCUUCUCGAUCCAGAUAUAGAGGGAGAAAAAGUUCUUCAUUAUCUGGAAAAUUUGCAACCGCAUCAAUUGCUUGAACAAAUGGUGUGUACUGCCUUCAGAGCAGCAGCCGACACAUUAAAUCAAACCAGUUAUGGAGAGCUGAAACAGAUGGCGACUAAGAUGCAGCAACUUUACCUUACCAUGGCACCUGCUUUGAAGCCCUUGCAAGUAAAUCCUUUGUCUGUAGAUAGUGAGACUAUUGAAGACCUAAGACGAUUGUGCGUUGUUUUAGAACAUGUUGAGAAAUUACUGACUCUCGCAGCUUCUCUUCAUCGCAAGCUUUUACGAGCACCACGCCUUGCCAGAGAAAUAUUCAGUGAUUUCUACGACUUCUAUGUUCCAAGAAUGGGAACAGGCUUGAUAGAAGACGCUCCUAAAAAGGAGUUUGACAAGAAACAAGAAGUAAGGAAUCAUGAGAGAGAAGUCGUGUCAAAUAUGUUUGUUCCACCCACUACACACCAGUCUUGGAGAAAGGCCUUGAGUAUGGGCAAUCUUCUCAAUGGUCAUGAACCAAUCCUCAGGGAGAUUAUUUUUUCACUGCACGAUGGAGUGUACGGUAAUCACUAUGCAGCUCGUACUGCUAGUGUUUCUCAACAAGAAAUUGAAACUUAUCGGAUGUAUAUAUACGGAACAUAUAAUGACCUCCGGGUAGCACUUUCUGUUGUCUCAGAUUAAUGAAGGAAAGGCGAGCAAAGCACAGCAAGUCAGCAACAAAGCUUAUAUUCAGGAACCAGG